UGCACUGAUGGGUCAAAAUCGAAUCUAUUUGGAUGUAAAUGUUUGCUGAAGUGCUGGACAGUGACACAAUAAUCAGCAUCAGCAGGCAACAGUGAAGCAUAGUGGAGGUUUCCUGCAAAUUUGGGGUUGAAAUGAAGUUGAAUUAAUGGUGUCAUCAAUGCUGAGAAAUACAGGCAGAUUAUUUAUCCGUCAUGAGAUACCAUCAAGGAGGCAUCUGAUUGGCCUCAAAUUUAUUUGGCAGCAGGACAAUGAUCCCAAACACACAGUUAAUCUCUCAGCGAAGAGAACAAAGGGAGUCCUGGAGGUAAAUUUUGGUCUGAGAUAAUCGCAUUAAAUGGGUUGGGUUUUUUUUUUCUGCAGUAAUGUUCGUAAGGAAAUAAAAAUAAAAAUAUUUAGUAGUAUUGGACCUUUUUAUUAAUUCAACACGUGGUUAACAUCAUGGUUUAUCAAAUACAAUGUAGUGCGUUUGCCAUUUUAAAGUGUUUAUUUCCAAAUCUUGAGCAAAUUUAGACAAACAAGCGCAGAAUAAAUUUGUUCCUACAAUUUAUAAUGUUGAAAAAAGAGCAGAUAAUUCGCCUUUAUGGGAGAAAGAUAAUCUUAUUAACGGGUUUGAGCCAAUUAGUGUCGGCUCGAUCCCAAACGCAGUGAAAUUGCCCUUACAGGAGUGCACUAGAUAGGGCACUGAGUGCGGUGUCCCUCGCGGGGUAAAGUGCACUGCAAUAAGGGAGCGGGAUUGGGAUUGGGAGGGUUUUGGUUGAUCUGUUCACCGGAGACCCGAGCGGAAGUUUGGGGCUGCUUGGAAGAAAACCGGCGCUGGAGUCUUGGUGGGGUUUCGAGUGUUUGUUUGUUUUAAUAAAUAAUAAAUGGACAGCCCUCAUCGAGCCAACGUGUUCGUGAUGUCCUGCCUGAAAACACCGGUGGAUCCGCUCACCAAAGUACCGCUGGCUUUGUACGAGAGGGCGCGUGCGGCUCCGAACAACGAACAGAUGGAGUCUGAUUCUGAAUUCGACCCAGAUACCAAUGAAGGACUUCAGGAUGAAGUCUGCUGCCCUCUGUCUGUAGCAGAUGGCUGUAAAUUGGGUGGACACAUUGACCUGCAAGAGCUUAACCUUUCGAAUAAGGAGUACUACCGCAAGCUGGACCAGCUGAGGAGAGCUCACCUUUGCACCAUGGCUGAUCUCAAGCUCAUGCACAUUAAGAGCCUUAAUCUGAAGAGUGCCAAACCGAUAAACGGCCAUGACCGAGUCUGUCUGCUGCAGCAUAAUCGGCAAAACAGUACGACUGAAGAAAACCUGAAGAAGGCUCUUUCAGCCCACGAGCUCCAAAGCACCACCUAUGUGGAUGAUGAUGACAAUGUCCAUGGUGACCAUAUCAACCCAAACGUUUCAAAAGGUUCCCUCGGUUCUCCAAAAGAACGCAUUAGAAACAUGUGGCGAGGCUUCUGUAUAUACAAAAAGUCCUCAAGUAGGCAACAAGCAUCCUCCGUGUCGCCAGAGAACCAUCCAGGGGACCAUCAAGCCAUGGUGGAAUCAAAAAUCCAAAGGUCAAACAAAGGGAAAGGUUGGCGUCCGCAGGUGACCGUCCCCAAGCCCUUCCGAAUGACCCUCCGAGAAUCCAAAUGCAAGGCGGUCAGGUCUCGUGCCGAAAUCGAGCAUGAGAAUGAGAAGCUGCGACGAGAACUGGAGGAGCUGACCGAGUGUCAGCGCAAGUUCCGAGCUGCCCCGAUGCCCUCUCAUGUCCGACUGCUGCUAUACGAGGAACUGCAGGAACGAGAUGAAGAACGUCGCCGGGAGUUUCGGACUGCAGUACAGCAGCGCCUUCUUGCUGCCCAGAAGCCCUUCAGCUUUCUGGAGAGGGAGCAAAUCAAGAAACAGCAGAAGGAGCUCAAUAUGCUCCUCUCCACUAAAGAGCAAGAGAAGCACAAGAGGCGCCAAUUUCGAGCCAAACCUGUUCCCCGUGCUGUAAAAGAGGCAGCGUCGCAGGAGCGGGAAAAAGAAGAAAAGCUCUACAGGGAGAUCAAGAAAGAAAUGCGGGCAACAGACAUGCUCCUGAGUGCCACCGAGCCGCCCAGCAUGCUGGCCAAACGUUUGAAUGAACGCCAUGCGCGGAAAGAAGAGCUAUCUGUCGACCAAAAAUCGUCGACCAUCACCAACCACAAGAACAGAUUCUGCUCCCGGGUCCCAGACUUUGACGCCCACUAUAGGAGCUUCCAGAAGCAACUUGAAAGCAAGAGGGAAUUCCGACCUCUGACAACUUGCAAACCGUUCAAGCUACGCACAGCUAACAACAGCCCUUGUAAAGAGCGACUCGCAGCCAAGGCUGAGGCGGAAAGGAGGAGCCAAAGCGCAUCUAUGUGCCUGUUUGUAUCACUUUCACCUGCUUCAUCCUCUGUGUGUUCGUCAGCCUCUGGGAGCUGUGAAUACCUACCUCCUAAAAUUACUGACGCAGCCAAGAAACGUCAAGAAGCUGUUAGGAAGGUUCUCGAACAGAGGAAGAAGGCAGAGCAGGACGAGGAGAAAUGGAAGGAGCGACAGAGGCAGAAGGAGAAGAAGCUGCAGAAGCUGAUAGCCAAGCGUGCUCAGGCUUACGACCCACACGUGGCCCUGGCACAGAUCUGUGAAUCCAAACUCAAAGAGUUCAGAAAACAGGACCUGCAGAGGCGCAGGGAGUAUCAAGAGGAACUGAGAGAAAUACAAGGGAGAGUGAAAAGCAGACCUCUUCUACUAGAACAAGUUACACAGAUGAACGCUAAGAGGGCAGCGGAGAAGCGCUAUAGUGAAGCUCUGCGUGCGUUUGGUCUCGACCAGGCCUUCAUUAAAAGGAACGCUCUCGCAAGUAACCACGGCUGCACUUUCUCUGGCGGUUCAGACAUUCAGUCGCCUCACACACACAGGAAGGACAAAACAGCUGGUGAUGUGGAGAAUGCCGAUUCUGAGGAUUAUUCAGACGCUGACUAUCCUGCCGAUUACGAAGAUUAUAAACAUGACGUCGAGGAUGUACUGAUGGUCAGGAAGAAUGAGAGAAAGCAGGAAGAUGAGGGAGAAAAACUAGAUGAAGAAUGGGACCCCAAUAAGGACCGAGAAGCCAUUCGUUCCUAUGAGCACGAUCUGGAUUUUGAUGAUUAUCAGGAUGGGGAUGACUGCAGCCAUGGUAGACAUAGCAACACAAGUGUCACGAGCGAUGAUGGACAAAGAAAAGAAGAUGGGAAAAGUGUAUCUGGAAGUCAGGAGUCUGAGGGUGGUGAAGAAACGGAUGAAUGUGAAAGUGGAGACAAAAAGAACAAUGAUUCGGACUGAAAAUGCUAUUUUAUUUGUGACUCUUGUUGUGGAAAUGGCUGGGAUUUUUGUUGUUGUGUACAGUAUUUAUUAUAAGGACUGAGAAUAAAUUGGUCCAUGCUUUACAGUU